AUGACUUGGUAUCGUAUCUUUCGAACUAAUAGCAGCAAGAAAUCAAAGUUAUCUGUUGUUGAAUUUGAUCAACAUAUUGAACCUAUACCCACUUGCUUAAAACAGUCUCCAGUCUAUCAACAUCAUCUUGUUCAAAUACAUUCGAUUGUGCAAACUUAUGUUAACUUGGUUACAAUGAAGAAACGCCGAAGACAAAGUAGUCAAGAUUGGUCAUUGAUGGAAACGUUUAUAAAACUAUGGUAUUCUGAACUAGAACGUAUCUACAGGCACGCAUCCGGUGUAGCCGUCAUGCUGAAGGGUCAAAUAAAUGAACUAUGUACAGGUUUAUAUAGCAUCUCCUUCCCUUCAAGAAAUAGAGAUAAAAAACUAGUCCAUGAAGUUCGGCAGUUCAUAUCAAACUGUUUAAAGGAUCUCGAUCAUUCUUUCAACAAGCGACGAUCCCUUCCGACACCAAAGUCUAUACAUAGCCACUUUCAAACAUUCCACUAUACUCUUGAAAAUCGUAUGCAAGCUAUACGGAACGAGAAACAGAAUUCACCUUUAGUAAAGUAUAUGAACCGUGUGUAUCAACUAGAGCAAGACAUCUUUUUACAUCAUUAUUACAUCGAAAGCCAACUCAAAUUGCUUUGGGACCUUGGUCACAUUGCCCUUCGUUCACCCCUUUUGGCUACCUACUGGAAUCAGAAAUACGAGACUAGCCAACAGAUGAGUCAAGACCUUUUGAAUGAACUAAAGACGGCACUAGAGCAACAGCUACCAUGUCAAAGAGACGUAAUGUGCGCCAUCUGUUUAUCUAUAUUGCAUGAACCAGUGACGCUUAAAGGAUGUCAUCAUACGUUUUGCAAGGACUGCCUGCAGCAGCAUUACUGUUACCAAUGCUCUGCCAAGAAAAAGAAAGGGUUUCUACUGGUGAAGGCGCCACUGAUUGGCUGCUCUUGCUUUAUUCUGGAUGAACAUGGUCAGUUAGUACCUGCUCAUCAUCAGUCUUGCCCGCUCUGUAGGCAGUCCUUUAAACCUGAAGAUUGUGAACUUAAUGUAGAUCUUGAAAAAUUUAUCUUGGAACGCUUCAAGCAGGAUCUUGAGGACAGGAAAAGGGGCAAAAAGCAAAUCCUAUUGAACUUGCUCUAUUAUUAUUCAUUUUUACAAAAGGACAAAGAACAAAAAAGAGAGGGAUUUAAUGAAAUAUGUAUAUAA